CUGGAAUUGCUCGUUGAUAAAGUUGAGCAAACUUAUCACUACAACACUCUAUAAAGCUUGAAUUUUGUAUUUCUAUACGAAUCGUGAACAGUGAAGAAGAAAAGAAUACUAUAACAGGUGGACCUCUCCAAGUGAUAAAUUGCUUUUGAGAUGGUACUUGUACACUCUAAAAAGAAGAGGUAUUUCAAAAAACCCUAAAUUUUUCCAUUUUUCAUUUGAGAAAAACCAAAAAAAAGGUAUAACCAUUCGUAAAAACAUUUAAAGGGUAUAACCAUUUGAACCAUAUCAUAACUGGUUGAAAGUCUCUUAUUCUUCUCAAAAAACUAAUUUUCGUUUUCUAAAAUACGGCUAAAUAAUGUUCUAAAAAACGGUUGAGGUUUCUUCAUAUCACAAAAAAACCUUUCAGGUAUUUUAAAAUACCAGAACAAUUCAGGGUUUUUUAAAUCACAGCUUUUCGUAUUCUAAAAACCCAAAAGCGUUUUCUUAUAAAAGUAAAAAACGUUUAAACAGUUAUGAUAUGAUUCAAAUGGUUAUACCAUUUUCCGUAUUGUAAAAUACCUUUUUUUUAGAGAGUAGAGCCUUUAGGGACUAGAAAAAACCCGAAAGUAUUCGUCCCCAUGAAAUUUUGUUCUCGAGUUCAGACUGUCUCACUGAAUUUUCAGUUUGUAACAAGGUAUUUCGAGAAAAAUCGAAUACCGCAGUUUACGCCGAAACUAUGCUACUCGAUUUUUCUCGAUACAAAGGAGCACAUACCAAUCGUUGUUGAUCGAUUGUCAAUACACGUUACUCGUCUGCGGGGAACCGUCUCCUACAGGUCACGAUCGCUUUUCUGGCGAUUCCCAGUCAGAAUACACACUAUCUGGUAUCGUUCUUCGACCAUAUUUUUAUUUCGUUUCCUACUUCAUGACUAAGUAACAUAUUACGUAUAGUGAUGUGAAUCGCUAGGGAACCGAUUAAGCUCCAAUCGAGCAGAGUAUAACAAAAUAUGAUCAGUUCGUGGAGUCCGUUCGUGGAGUCCGUUCGUGCGUUCCCGAUUAUGCCCAGUUGGUAACAUGUUUAAGAACAUGAGAAAGUUCUAUGAAAAUCUAUGAAACGAUCAAACUUACGAAUUCACGGGAUAUUUCUGUAUAGUUUUAGGCUGUUUUCCGGAAACAAAUAAGCCUGAAAGUGAGGCUUGUACUAUUACUGUUCGUUAUCGUCCGACGAACGACACUUACCAAGUUUGCAUACAUCCAGAUUUGACUGUAGGAGAAUUAAUCAGCGAGGUGUGUCAAAAAGCAAAUACGAACAAACAAGAUCAUUGCUACUUGUACUUCAGCUCACGUGAACUCGACAAUUAUGAUACAGUUUGUAAAGCAGGUCUCUAUGCCGUAUCCGAAUCAGCAGUUAAUCUACCGGAAGUUCGUUUAAACUACUUACAACAACUUCAAACGUCUGCUCAUAUCGGAAAACACGUCAUACUUGUAUCACCGGAAAAGAUAGCCCAUGAAAAACUUCUCAAUAUUCAUUUGCCUUCUAACAAAGACAAUCUUCUACCACUAGUUUUGAAACAAAUUGCUGAACAAAUUGCUCGACGUACAACCUCUGUUUUUCGUUCAUGUUACAUGAGUAAUACUGUACUAAUACCACUACCAUAUUUUCCUAAAGGAGUAAUUGAUCAUCUACCGACGAUACAGAUCAAGUUACCACUCAUGCCAACUGAAUUUGAUUGGAAUAUGUUUCUCGAAGUGUUGGCAAACGAUCUUGAGAUACAAGCAAUCGACAUGAUUAUUGUUAAUGCACAAAAAGGUAGCACAUUUUGGAAAAUAAAAUUGAAAUCGAUAUCGUUCAUUUUAUCUCAGGGAAAACAGAAACUGGAAAAAAUUCUAGAUAAAUUAUCUCUCUUGGUAUUGCCCAAGAGUAAAAAAUUUAUUAAUGAACAUAAAUCAUCGGACACAUCAGAAGUAGAACAAAUCCUAGUUGAACUACACAAUUUUGCGACGAAGAAAAAUAAUAAAGAUGACCAUAGUAUUCUUUCUACAGAUGAUGUUGAUUUUACUCUUGGUCUUUGUGCACGACCUGCGAUUAUUGAUGAACUUGGUUGGGAGUUUUUGACAGAAAAAAGUCGUCAAAUUAAAAUAGGUUUAUUGCAUGGAUUUCAAGAAUGUUCUGAAGAAUAUGUUCUUGAUCAUGUUUCGCUUAUAUACAACGAGGAACUCAGUGAAAAAUAUCAAAGUUUGAAACAUAUAGGAAACGAUGAACGGAUCCUAUACCAUGGUACAAGGAUGGAGAAUUUUAACGGAAUAUUCGAAGAAAACUUCCAUUUGGAUUCAAAAGCAAAAAAGACAGAUGACGGCUGGUAUGGCAAAGGUAUCUACUUCAGUAGUUCACCGUUAUAUGCUUUAGAAUAUGCAAAAAAUCAUCUAGGACACAAAUUAGAAAUUCGUUAUUUAAUAUGUUGUGUUGUCAGACUUGGAAAACAGAAAGUCAUUACAAAUAUGGAUUUCUAUGGUAAAGAAAUGGACUCUGAUUUUGACAGUCAUUAUGUACAAGUGGCAAAAGAUGGUACGCUAAUUACAGUCGACAAAAUUCCAAUCUUCGAAGAAUUUGUUAUCAAAAGAAGUAAACAAAUUAUGCCAUUACAUAUAAUCGGAAUUCGACAAGUGUUUUCUUUUCUAAUUUGGCGUGAUGCUAAAAUUACUGAUGCAGUCAAUUCAGCUAUUUUUGAGGAAAUGAAACAACGUUACAAUGUCAAUAUUUAUGGAAUUCAAACAACUACAGAAGCUCUUAAAAUAUUACGUUGUAAAUUGGCCAAUAAAAAACUGAAUUGUGUUGUUGUAACGAAUGGAGCCGAUAGUGGAGAAAACUUUGCACGUGAAUGUCGAAAAAUACGAUUGAAUGUGGAAAUCGCGGUCUAUUGCAUGAGAGUAGAUCAUCAUCAACGAUGGGCUACAGUAAUAGAAGGGCCUGAGAUUAAGGUCGCUGAUAACUCACAAGAAAUAUUCAAUUUCAUUAAUAAAAAGUUGAAAAUACAACUAUCCGCAUGCUGACUCCUACCAUUUGCUUGAUAUUUUCUUUUGCUUAUUUUAUCAAAGUUCUCUUUUUUUAAUGAAAAACUCGAUAUCAAUAAAAUCUGCUGACGUAAAUCCCAUCAAUAAUAAUACGUUUUAUAGUGGAAAUCAAAAUUUAUGAAGCUUCAGCACAAAAUAAUCAGAAACGAAAAAUCAAGAUUCUCAUAUCAACAAGUGUUCGAAGUAGUUCUCCUUCCUCUUUCCAGUUGUUUGUUUCGUUUGGCAAUAUAGUCUUGACUACGACAGUAGUUGAAGAAUGUUCGAUUACAUCGUGCGGAAAGUGAACUGAUUGCGAACAUGAUCGAACUGUACAGAUCUUGUUAUAGUAUUCUUUUCUUCUUCACUGUUCACGAUUCGUAUAGAAAUACAAAAUUCAAGCUUUAUAGAGUGUUGUAGUGAUAAGUUUGUUCAACUUUAUCAACGAGCAAUUCCAA